AUGUUACCAAAGUUUAUCACAAAUAUCCUUGUUUCAGGCGCUCUCGUUGCUGCCGCUACUCAAGAACCCCUGCAGCCUAACCAUUGCGACGUUGCCUGCCAACUUGCAUACCGCAAGGCUCUCUCUGUUGAGACCAAUCGCUGGGUUAACCAGAACCUCUCAACAGAUGACUUUUACUCCAACCCGUCCAAUCUUUCUGAAUACUCUGCUGGUGAUCUUGUCAAGUGGGAAGAUGUUCCCGCUGAUCAAGCCUCCAAGAGGUGGACCCUUCCCGGCGGAGUGUCCAUGUCUCGGUUCUUUUACAUGACCGAGGAUAUUGAUGGCAAGCCAAUUCCUGCCACUGGAUUUGUCUUGACUCCUUACUCGAACCCGCUCGGCAACGACAAGCCUUUCCGAACACUUGUCUGGACCCAUGGAACUGCUGGUGGCACGCGUCAAUGUGCGCCGUCAAAUCACCGGGCUCUGUACUAUGAGUGGACUGGACCCUUUGCUCUUGUUCAACAAGGCUAUGUUGUCAUUGCCCCCGACUAUGCUGGUCAAGGCAGUGAUAUUCCCCAGGGCUUCAUGUACGAAUCUGGCGCGCUUCAUGCUGCAGAUGUCAGCUUUGGACUUCAAGCUGCACGCAAGGCUCUCGGGAAGCGGAUCACCAAGGAAUGGGUUGUCAUCGGACACAGUGAGGGUGGCAUGACUGCAUGGAGAACUGACGAGCGAGAGGCCAAGCCCGGCAAGGCAACUGGUGGUUUCCUCGGUGCUGUCGCAAUCGCCCCGGCUCUCCAGCCCAUCAAGCUCAUCCCCGAGUCCUUCCGCCGGGCAAAGGAUGGCCCAGCUGGCGAUGUUGUCUCCAUCUUCCUCCUCCAGUCUAUCUCACGUCUCUACCCCUCGAUCAAGGUCGAAGACUACGCCACCGACAUUGUCCUCAGCCGCAUCGCCCUUGCGGACCAGGGCUGUAUCAACACAGGAGGCACAAUCUAUGGUAGCCUUACCGUGAAACAGCUAUACAAGAACACUAGCUGGGUUGAGCAUCCUGACUUUGUUGACUGGCAGAAGCGUUACAAUGGCGCUGGAGAACAUCCCCUGGCAGCACCCAUGCUUGUCAUCCAGGGAGAUGAUGACAUUCUGACAUACGCUGAGUAUGCCGAAGAGGACUUCAAUGCCACUUGCAAAAAGUACCCGGAGUCAACUGCGGAGUAUAGACUCUACCAUAAGACGGAUCAUGGUCUUGCACUUACAGCUUCUCAGUCUGACUUCAUGCCAUGGAUUGAGGACCGGUUCAACAAGGUCAAGCUGAACAAGGGUUGCAAGAAGACUGUUAUCAAGCCUGUUACCAACAACUUUGGACUUACCAGCCAGGAGUUUCAAGUGGACCUGCUAUGA